AUGGCAAGAGUUAAAAGGCCGGCUGUUCGAGACCCACCACUGACGAAUGUACCUGUGCGAAGAAGUAACCGACGAGGAGCGGCUGUAAAGGCUCCAAAUGCAGAACCUGAGAUGGUGGAACUUAGUAAUAAUAGUUCCUCACCAUCAAUGAGCGAAAGAGAUGAAAGAAAUGAAGUAGAAAAUGGAGAAGAUGGUGAGCAUGAAGGUGAAGAAAAUGGAGAAGAGGAUGAAGAGCCUCAAAGAAGAGAACAAGAGGUUGAAGAAGAAGAACCAACAACUCAAAGAUGCAGCCAUGGAUGCAGCCAUGGAACCGCAUGCCACACAGCCUACUCCCUUGGAGUAGGACAGAGAGGCUCUUCUGGAAGAGCAGAGAAGUUGGCAUAUCCGUUUACACAAUGGACUCUACAGUUCUACUUAGUUUUGAUGCCUCAUUUGAGUUGGGAUGUAGCUAGUAGUGUAGAGGGUAGUGAGAAAGAGAGAGAAGGUCAAAGAACGUGGAAAGAAGCUCCGAACUAUACCUUCAUGCAUGAAGCAACAAAAGCUCGGAAGAUUUCAGUCUACGACUACAUAGUCAUUGGUGGAGGCACCACAGGAAUCCCAAUAGCCACCACAUUAUCUAAAAACUAUUCAGUUCUACUGCUUGAACGUGGUGGCUCACCUUAUGGCAAUCCAAACAUCACCAAAUUAGCCAACUUUGGCUCCUACUUUUCUGACAACUCACCAGACUCCCCUUCUCAACAAUUUGUUUCCGUCGACGGCGUUGUAAAUGCACGGCCACGCGUUUUGGGUGGUGGUACUUCAAUCAAUGCAGGCUUUUAUUCUCAUGGUGAGGCAAGAUUCCUAAAAGUGGCCAAACUAAUGAAUGAAAGAUUGAUUAACGAGUCUUAUCGGUGGGUAGAAAGGGUGAUGGUUUUUAAGCCGAUUCUGACUAGGUGGCAUUCGGCAUUGAAAGGUGCGCUUGUUGAAGCUGGAGUGACACCAGAAAACGGGUUUACAUAUGAACACAUCCUAGGGACUAAAGUGGGUGGUAUUAUUUUUGAUCAAAAUGGGCAGCGCCAUACGGCAGGGGAUUUGCUACAGUAUGCAAAUCCUAAGGGGUUGCAUCUUCUUUUGCAUGCAACUGCACACAAAAUCUUAUUCAAAAACAAAGGUAGAACAAGACCAGUGGCUUAUGGGGUAGUGUUUGAAGAUGCAUCACGUAGAAAGCAUAGGGCAUACCUAAAAGGAAGACAAAUGGAUGAAAUCAUACUAUCUGCUGGUGCUCUUGGAAGCCCACAACUUCUAAUGUUGAGUGGCAUAGGUCCAAAGGACCAACUUCAUACCCACAACAUCAAACCUGUGCUUCACCAUCCUUUCAUUGGUCAAGGCAUGGUUGAUAACCCAUUAAACGAAAUUUUUGUCCCUUCUCCGGUACCCGUCUCGCAAUCCUUGGUUGACAUUGUUGGUAUUACAAAGUCUGGAAACUAUAUUGAGGCAGUCGAGGGCUUCAAUUUGAUUGGUGCAAGACUUUCUGACUAUCAGGGUUAUUCCUAUGAGAUGGGUGGAUUUAUAUUCGAGAAAGUUAACUACCCUCAAUCCAAGGGUUACCUGGAGCUUCAAAACAGAAAUCCAGCUGAUAACCCAUCCGUAAAAUUCAAUUACUUUAAAAAACCUAAUGACUUGCGAAAAUGCGUUCUUGGGGUUAAAGUAAUCCUAAAAGCAAUUGAAUCAAAAGCAUUCUCGAAAUUCAAAUAUCCAAAUAUGACAAUCCAAGAUAUUCUCGACCUUAACGUGAAAAUGCCAACAACUUUUCCCCCACAUGCCAAUACGAGCUCAUCAUUGGAACAAUACUGCAAGGACAAUGUUAAAACUAUAUGGCAUUACCAUGGAGGCUGUCGAAUGGGCAAGGUAGUCGAUGGAAAUUAUAAGAUUCAAGGUGUGGAUUCUAUUCGAGUGAUUGACGGAUCAACUUUAAUUAUCUCUCCAGGAACCAAUCCCCAAGCGAGUCUUUUAAUGCUUGGAAGGUACAUGGGAGUCACGAUACUAAGCAAACGACUUGCAAGUGACAAAGCCAAAUAA